AUCUCGUCUUCAGCAUGUUGACGAAGGUUGUGUUGUGUGUGGUGGUGGUGACGGCAGGGGCCACCAUUCUGAGGGACGAGCGUCAGGGGCCAUUUGAAAACGGUGCCUACAGCUUCGACUUCCAGACCAGCGGUGGCAUCAGGCGUCAGGAGGAAGGCGUCCCUCUGAGGAGGUCUGGAGCCGUGGCCGUACAAGGAGGAUGGUCGUUCAACUUCCCCGACGGUACACCCUCUAAUGUUAACUUCAUCGCUGACGAGGCCGGUUACCGGGAAGUGUCCGACCGGUUCUCGGCUCCAGGUUACCGACCCGGUGGAUAUAAACGUCCGGUAUCCCAGUUUGGUGGAGCAUCUAGUCCUGGAUCCCAGUUUGGUGGAGCAUCUCGUCCUGGAUCCCAGUUUGGUGGAGCAUCUAGUCCUGGAUCCCAGUUUGGUGGAGCAUCUCGUCCUGGAUCCCAGUUUGGUGGAGCAUCUAGUCCUGGAUCCCAGUUUGGUGGAGCAUCUCGUCCUGGAUCCCAGUUUGGUGGAGCAUCUCGUCCUGGAUCCCAGUUUGGUGGAGCAUCUCGUCCUGGAUCCCAGUUUGGUGGAGCAUCUAGUCCUGGAUCCCAGUUUGGUGGAGCAUCUCGUCCUGGAUCCCAGUUUGGUGGAGCAUCUAGUCCUGGAUCCCAGUUUGGUGGAGCAUCUCGUCCUGGAUCCCAGUUUGGUGGAGCAUCUCGUCCUGGAUCCCAGUUUGGUGGAGCAUCUCGUCCUGGAUCCCAAUUUGGUGGAGCAUCUCGUCCUGGAUCCCAGUUUGGUGGAGCAUCUCGUCCUGGAUCCCUGUUUGGUGGACCUGGAUCACUGCCUGCUGCAUCAUCUAGACCUGGAUCCCAGUUUGGUGGAGCAUCACGGCCAGGAUUCGCAGCUGCAGGAUCCCAAACCUCUGGGUCAUUUCCGGGAUCCUCUUAUAUUCCUCCUUCAGGUCCAGGAUCCCAGGUUGGUGGAUCAGGCGCCCCAGUAUUUCAGACAAGGGCAUCAGGAGCCCCAGGAUCACAGGCUGGGGGAUUUGAAACCCCAGGAUCUCAGCCAAGUGGAUUAGAAGCACCAGGAUCCCAGGGUGGUGCAUCAGGAGCCCCAGGAUCCCUACCCAGUGGAUCUGGAGCCCCAGGAUCCCUACCUAGUGGAUCAGGAGCCCCAGGAUCCCUACCCAGUGGAUCAGGAGCCCCAGGAUCCCUACCCAGUGACCAGAGCCCCAGGAUCCUACCUAGUGGAUCAGGAGCCCAGGAUCCCUACCUAGUGGAUCAGGAGCCCCAGGAUCCCUGUCACCUAUUGAUCAGGAGCCCCAGGAUCCUACCCAGUGGAUCUAGAGCCCCAGGAUCCCUACCUAUUGGAUCAGGAGCCCCAGGAUCCCUACCCAGUGGAGCAACAGGAGCCCCAGGAUCCCUACCUAUUGAUCAGGGAUUCCCCAGGAUCCUCACUCAGGGAUCAGAGCCCCAGGAUCCCUACCUAUUGAUCAGGAGCUCUAGGAUCCCUACCAGGAUCAGAGCCCCAGGAUCCUACCUAGUGAUCAGGACCCCAGGAUCCCCACCUAUUGGAUCAGGAGCCCAGGAUCCCUACCUCGAUCCCUACCUAUUGGGAUCUGGAGCCCCAGGAUCCCUACUCAGUGAAUCAGGAGCCCCAGGAUCCCUACCUAGUGGAUCAGGAGUCCCCAGGAUCCCUACUCCAGGAUCAGGAGCCCCAGGAUCCCUACCCAGUGGAUCAGAGCCCAGGAUUUCUGGUAAUUAUUGGAUCUGGAGCCCGGGUGAUCCCUACCUCGUGGAUCAGGAGCCCCAGGAUUUCUACCUAUUGGAUCUGGAGCCCCAGGAUCCCUACCUAUUGGAUCUGGAGCCUCAGGAUCCCUACCUAGUGGAUCAGGAGCCCCAGGAUCCCUACCUAGUGGAUCUGGAGCCCCAGGAUCCCUACCUAGUGGAUCUGGAGCCCCAGGAUCCCUACCUAGUGAAUCAGGAGCCCCAGAAUCCCUACCUAGUGGAUCAGGAGCCCCAGGAUCCCUACCUACUGGAUCAGGAGCCCCAGGAGCCCAGAUUCGUGGAUCAGGAGCACCAGGAUCCUUCUUUGGCGGAUCAGAGACCCAGUUCAGUGCUCCACAAGUCCCCGGAUACCUGUACUCUGCCCCGCCACCCUCCAGCCAACUACGAUUUUAAUGUUUUCUUACGACUCUUAAGAACGAGUACUUGA